AUGCUUGGUUUUGCCAUUAAUUUCCCUUCUCCCCCAACGUUGCGGAAUGUGGUGGUGCAUCCUCCAAGUAGAAAUUUAAGAAGCGUCGAAUACAGCGUUGGCCGCACCAGGCUGCUGGUCAAGCUGAGCAUAUGCGCUCUUCGUUUUGCAGAAGAGCUUGGCUUUAUUUUUAAGCACCAUUUGACUUCCAAUGCAGCAUUUGAGAAGAAAAAUCUGAUUGUUCUUACAUUUCCAUCUGUCUCAGUGAAUAACCCUAUACCUUCCAACUUGAAGUCAGAAGCUAAGAAGGCAGCAAAAAUAUUACGAGAAUUCACAGAAAUAACUUCCAGAAAUGGACCUGAUAAAAUCAUACCUCCCCAUGUAAUAGCUAAAGCCAAAGGCCUUGCAGUUUUGUCUGUUAUCAAAGCUGGAUUUUUGGUGACUGCUCGAGGUGGAAGUGGAAUUGUAUUAGCUCGUCUUCCUAAUGGAACCUGGUCUGCUCCUUCUGCAAUAGGAAUUGCUGGCCUUGGUGGUGGAUUUGAAAUUGGAAUUGAGGUUUCAGACUUAGUGAUAAUAUUGAAUCAUGAAAGAGCAGUAGAAGCUUUUGCCAAAGGAGGGAAUCUUACACUUGGAGGAAAUCUUACUGUGGCAAUUGGACCUCUGGGGAGAAACUUAGAAGGGGAUGUUGCCCUGAGAAGCUCUGCUGCUGUCUAUACAUACUGCAAAUCUCGAGGACUGUUUGCAGGUGUCUCUCUGGAAGGAACCUGUUUAAUUGAAAGGAAAGAAACAAAUCGCAAGUUUUAUGGGCAGGAUAUUCGGGCUAGUGCCAUCUUACUUGGUGAUGUGCCUUUUCCUGCUCAAGCAGAAGAUCUUUAUGAAACUCUAGCAUCCUUCACUGAAGUAUAUGAAAAUGAAGAGCAAAAAAAUAAUCCAGGAAAAGCUGUAAAUGACCCACCUGCUAGACCAUCAAGACCAGAGCCACCUAAACCCACUGUUAGGCCAACACCACCAGCUAAAAAGAACACAAACAAACUUUAUCCUGAACUUCCAACUGAUUAUGCCUCUGUGGGUAAGUACUAA